AUGAUGUUUUCCCAAACUCUCGUGCUGUUCUUUUUCCUGAUUUCGGGGGUGAUCUCGAGGCACCUGGCCCCGACCCCCCCCAACCCUCCCACCGAGAGGGGUUGUCAGAUCAGCCGCUUCAAGUCUCUUUCACCUCGGGAGCUGGAUGCCUUCAAGACGGCUAAGGACACCUACGAGGAAUCCAUGCGUCUGAAAGGGAGGAAAUGUAGCUCCAAAUUAUUCCACAGAAACUGGGACCUUCGGCGACUACAGCUGUCAGAUCGACUCAUAGUCCUAAAAGCUGAACUGAAAUUGACUCUGGAGACUUUGAAAGCCAUGGAUAACCCUGACCUGGAGAAGGUUCUGGUUCAACCUCUACAAACCCUCAGCCACAUCAACCAGGAGAUCCAAAGCUGUGUUACUCUCUUGCCUUCUAGAGGAUCCAAGCCUGCUGGUCAACUUUGGCUACACAGGCUCAGCGGCCAGGAAGAAGGAAUCUCAGGGUUGCCUGGAGGCUUCAAUCAUGCUCAACCUCUUCCGACUGGUGACCCAAGAUCUCCGCUCUGUCGAUGA